AUGUUCAUCAGAAACCAACAACGACGUGACCGGAAGGCCAUCGUCAGAGCUAGGAGAUCGGUUCAAAAACGAUUUAUCAAAGCCAGAAAAGCAGACAAGAGCCUACAAAAGUCAUUCAAAACAUUUGCAGCCAUCCUAGAUGGUGGCCUCAAACAACUCCUGGCAGAAGCCCGAGUGGGAAGGCGGGUUGCACAAUCAAUUCGCAGCCGGCUGUCGACGUCCAGUUCCCAAGAGCAGCUAUUCGUGUUGGGCCUAGAGGCCAUGGAGCGAAAGGAGAUCGAGAAGGCUGGUAGCCCGCGCGUUUGA